AUGAGGGUAUUAUUACAAGCCUUAAUCGAUGGCCCCUUGGAGCUCUCGGAAUACUUGAUGAUGGCUUUAUUAUACGUAAUAGACACACCUGAUUCCAGAGAUUGCAUAAGACCUGGUGUCGAUUUGGAGGGAAUUAUGCUUGAUAUGUUUUUCAACAUUUUUCGGAUUAAAGCGCCAGAUUGGUAUCCGAGUUUUUUAUCGGGAAAAAGGCUUACUGUUUAUGGAUUAUUGUCCCCCGAAGGAAAUGAUGGCAAAUUACAAUCAGACUCAUUAAAAUCCCAGGACAGACUAAAUCUAUUGGAUCAUCAUUUGGUGAUAUUGUUGGAAAUAUUUAUAGACGCGGGGCUUCUCGACGCACUGGUUGAAAUAAUUGAAGACAAAAAUCAACAUAUUGCUCGUAGGGCAACUCUAUUUAUCGGGGAAAUACUUCAAAUGUCCAAUCGACUGUUAUCCGUGAAUCGAUCGAUAAAAAUACAGUCCCUUCCCAAGCUAUUUAACCUGGCGACUAAAUUUGACAAUGAAAUGCGAAGACGAAACGCACGUCAAGUUGAAAAUGUAAAAAUUAAAAUGGGCAUACAGAUCGAUGAUACUCACUUUAGAAACAUGUUGCUGGAAACUCAGGUUCUAAACACCAAGGAUUAUGCUAAAUGGAACUGGGAAACAUUGUUGGAAUUGUUGCAAGGUCCUUUAUUGAAUCCGAGGAGACUCGAAGAGGCAAUUAGAUCGAAGUUUAUGAAGCGACUUCUUGGAUUCUUUAGGCCAACCAGCCGAAGGUUUUCGGAAAUAGAAAAAAACCCUGAAAAUGAUCGUUAUAUACAAUUGGGGUGUACGCUCAUCACGACACUCUUGGCAAACACCGACGGUGUCAAAUAUUUGGAAAGUAAUAAAUUUCUAAGGCAGAUUGCUGAUGGUCUAAAUCAACUUGAUCCGAUUCAUGGAACUUUUGAAACCGAACCAUUAUUCUCCAAGGAAAGGAUAAAUAACACCUUGACCUCGGGGUAUUUUACCAUGAUAGGAGUUCUUAGCAAGUUCAAAGAUGGAAUCAAGCUAUUGGAAAAAUUCAAAAUCUUCAACACAUUCUACCACUUGAGUGAAUUAAGAAGUCGCGAAGAUUUAAUAAAGGCCAUCAUAACGAAUCUUGAUUAUAGCUUAGAUGCCCACCCCCGCAUCCUUAUUUCCAAGCGUGUUCGACUCUACGCCACGAAACACCUUGGAUUGAUCUUGCGAACCUCUGCAAAAAAAUUUAACGAAUGGGGGAUUCAGUUGCUUAUAACUCAGUUGUACGAUCCUGCGAUGGAAGUGUGCCAAAUGGCAGUACGUGUGUUGGAAGAAACAUGUAAUCACAAAGAAAACAUCGAAUUGCUCGUGAAAUUGCGACCUAGUUUGGAUAACCUGGGAGAAGUGGGUAACCCCUUAUUGCUUAGAUUCUUAUCGACUUCCAUCGGAUUCAAAUAUCUUUCCGAGUCCAAUUAUGUGGAAAAAGAGAUGGAUGAUUGGUUCCAGAGCCGCAAUCAAUAUUACGUGACCCAAUUGGAAGUGUCCUUGGCGAAUGCAUUAAAACUUGAUGGUGAUGAAGGGCGCGGAGAGGAUGAUGAUAAGGAUGUUAAAAUUUUUGAUGGAAUGUCUCCGGCACACUUCUAUGGGGAACUCACAAAAACUGAGGAAGGUUGUCAAUUGCUGAGAGAAAAGGAACAUUUUCGUGAAUUCGCAAAUUUCAUAAGGGAUCAUGGGAUGGAACGGCGUGACAUGGCUAUAAUCUCAAAAUUAAAAUCAAUUCUCUGGGCUGUGGGUAAUAUUGGGGCAUCCAAAAGUGGGCUGCAAUUUUUGGAAGAAGAAAAUAUUGUGAAAGAUAUUGUUUCCAUUUCGGAAAACUCGGCGGUUCUUUCAUUAAAAGGGACAUGCUUCUUUGUGUUGGGUUUGAUUGCGAAAACUGCGUCUGGUGUCAAAAUCCUGGAAGAUUUAAAGUGGGAGUGUGUAUAUGAUCCACAUACAGAGAUAGGAACCGGCUUAUGUUGUCCUAUGAAUUCUGAGGCAUUUCUUUCUUUCCCAAAGUGGACCUACAAGGGAUUUGAAUAUGUACAUGAUCUGCCUGUGAAUUCUAUAACUCCUAGUUCACACAUUGAAAGGGAUUUGUUGAAGGCAAUGGCAAACUUGACUAACAGGAUAUUAUCAAGCAAUGGCUCAAAAAGUUUGUCCAAGAUAAGAUCUCAACAUCCAGAAAUAUUCAAACAAUUAGGACCGUAUUACAAGGUGACCCAAAUGUUGGCAUCAUACCAUUAUAGAUUACCGACGCGGCGUCAUGUUAGCGAAUUAUUCGAUGUAGAUUUUACAGCAGCGAUACUUGAUCAACUCGACAAACUCGCAGUGGCACAAAAUCGUGUCAAUGGGGCAAACGGAACUUCAGAUGAAGCAGCUGAUGAAGAAGAGGAUAGUCAGCUUAAUCAACAGAGAAUUAAAAAUUUCACAAGAGUUCAUCGUGGUAGCGAUGGUGUUGUGGCCAUAAUCUCUGAAGACCAGACAGAUUUGAUGGCAGAAAUUGUCCCAAAGCUAGAAUUACAACCACUCAAG